AUGCAUAUACCUUUCACCUCGAGCCAUGCCGAAACAUUGGCUGAUUUUCCGCCUCUGAACAGACCCAGAACCAUUGCAAUUGAUUACAAUGAUGGUACAUUGUACACUGUUGACUAUGGCAAUAAUGGCAGUGUUCUAAAAUAUGAUCAGAAAACUAGUACGGCUACAAGACCAUUUGGACAAUUUGCACGUUGUGUGUAUAUCAAUCAAAAAACUCAAAAUGUAUAUAUGGGGACGGGAUCUAGAACUAUACUUCGAUUUGCUCCAGAUGGAACUGGAGAGACCGUAGUUGCUGGUGGUAACGGUCAAGGUACGGGUCUGAAGCAAUUUCAAUAUCCAUCUGGCCUGAUCAUGGAUCAGUACGAUAAUCUGUACAUCUCAGAUCACACUGUUCAUCGAAUUACGAAAUGGGCACCGAAUGCCACACUUAGUGAACUUAUUGGUGGUGUGGAUGGGGCUGACAAUGAUUCGACUCAUUGA